AUGCCUAUUCCCUCUCUCGCUUCAUCUCUGAAGCCUCGAGGCCAGAUUAGCAAGGCCAAAGAUGCGCCACCCACUGCUGAGUCCUCUAGACUCCCACAUGCGGAACACUUGGUGCGCAAAGACUUGGAAGCGAGCAUAAUUGCCCAUCCAUUAACGCGACACCCACAGUCCUCUUCAAUACCACACCCGAACGCUGCAGAGGGGGUGAAGCGGCGGAGCUUUCUUCCCCAGCGAGGGGAUAUGAAGCCAGUUCUGCGCAAGAAUGGACCGAGCAAUGCGUCGAUACCACCAAGAGAUCCCGAACAACAUUCUCAAGACCUUGUCGAUUCAUCGAGAAUAUCUGCAUCCACGACAUCUUCACAAAUAGCCAGCAUGCAGGGUCUGAAACAAGUCCGUUCGAGACCACAAUCAAUGUAUCAGACGAGCUCCAUUCAUACCACGCAGGAAACAGAGGAGAGCGGACUACGCCCGUCACGCAGUACACGUCCUCCAGAUGCAGGAAGAAAGGCUUCAGUAUCACAACCGACGGGGUUAGAUCGCUCGCAAUCAUUACGCAAACUAGGCAUACCGAUGCAAUCAGCACAGUCCACCAACUCUCGUGGCCAUUCAAGGACUCUAUCUACAAGCACUGUGAUAGGCAGUCGGAAGGAGAGCUCGCACCCUAGGACCCUUGUGGAAAGGCCAAAGUCUCUGUUCGUAGCACCAAGCCAGCGUACGAUCGCGGCCAACAGCGUUUCUGUAGACGAUGCUUCUCAUGGUACAAAAAGUUCCGCUCGGCUUGCAGCCUUGAAGCGCACCGCGAGUACUAGAAGUAAGCCGGAAGCCACGGAUAGCUCCGAUUCCGCAGGUCCCGACUGUGACGUACAAUUUCCCACGAACAAUGGACGACGCCGCGAGCCUAUAAAAGAGGAAUCCAAAAAGCAAGCACGGCCUGCGUUCUCUACGCUGCAGCAACAUUUCACCCCUAGAAAGACCGGGAAAGCACCUACGUCGUCUUUUCUUCACCCUCCCGCCUCUGACCCUAGCGUGUGUGCCCUGCCUCCUGAGAUCAUUUGUAUUCAAGCGGAGCUACUGCAACUCCAUAUUCUGCAUGAAGCAUCGGCGCGGACGAAUAGACACUGGGAGGUCAGUGCAAGGAGGAAAUUGCACAGCAAGUUCGAUGAGGUUGCUAGCUUGUACCAGGUUAUGCGUGACAAUGAACGCCAAGGUCAGGAGCAGACAAAUAUCCAGGCAUUGCGUGAGUGGAGUAGCGCCAAUUCCUCGUUCGGGCUGGUGGAGCACAUCCAACUUCUCUCGGGCCCGCUUCAUGAUCUUCCAACACUUAUUGAUCCUAGUGGUCGUUUUACACGUCUUGUGGACGAAUUCACUCGAUGGAUAGCGUGGGUAGAGGAUAUAUGGGCGACAAGGAAAGGAACCGCCAAAGAGCAGGGUGUCGGUCUUGGCUCUACUGAAGGCUUGGGGGGUUCCUGGAGGGCAGAAAAUGCGGCGUUGACACGCAAGGUAACGGGCUUUUUACGUGACUUAGAUAGGUUGACUCAGCCAGCUCCCGGCUCAAGCAUAGCAUCCAUCGUUUCCACCUGUAAGGAGCUGCUUACGGGAAUGUUGGGUGAACUCCGGACCAUGCAGACCAUCGAGACGGGCGUCGUAGCGAAGGAGAAGGACUGGGUGGAGGGUCGGCUGAAGGCGAUAGCCCAGGAUAUUGAGACACACCUCGUACCUACAAGCGAGGGAAACGCGGCCUGGCGGAUAUAA